AUGCCUCGCACACCUGAGCUCCUGCACAUUUGGCAAGACGCCAUCCCCAAAAUGGCCUUCAAGAGUUCACACCUCAUGUAUCAAGUGCUCGCCGUCUCAGCCUUUCACAAAGCUCACCUAGCCCCAUCAGAACGGGAACAUUGGGUCCUCAGAGCCCUUGGGUUCCAUGGUAGGACGACAGAGGACCUGCGACUAGCAACACGAGAGUUGACGGAAGAAUCAUGUCAUUCCAUCUUUGCGACAGCAUCUCUCUUGGUCAUCAACAGCUUCGCAUCAUACUCAUGUCAAAGCCCAGGUAGCGCAAUCGAGGACUUGCUCGACAUUUUUGAACUCACUAGAGGCAUGAAUGGUAUCCUCAAAAUGUACGAGUCGAGCCUCUGGUCAGGGCCCCUCGCCCGACAAUUCCAUCCGUCGGAUCAGCCCCGGGACUCUGCGGAGCUGGGGGAUGUCAUGCACGACCUUGCAAAGAUGGCUGCGAGUCCAUCAAAUGUUGUAGGCUCGGACCCGGCCUGCCGUCAGGCCGCUGAAUCUUUGACAUAUGCCAUUGAGCGAGCAAUGUUGACCAGCAGCGCUCCUCACUUGAGAGUGGUAUUCUACUGGCCCAUUGCUCUAUCAGACGAAUUCAUGCGGCUUUUGAAGCAAAAAGAGCCUUCCGCUUUUGUGGUAUUAUGGUAUUAUGCCAGAGUUCUCUCAUUAGGAGAGCCCAAUGUAUGGUUUUUGAGCGGGUGGGGUGAAUCACUGCUCAGAGAUGCUCAGCACUUGACGCAUGAUGCAGUGGGCACUUUGAAUUGA